UACGUAGGGGGAGUCACGAACCCCAGCUUUCCGAACUCGCACCAUCAAAAAGAAGCUAUAAAGAAGCUGUCAAAUCUGAAACGGUCAAAAACGCAAAGAAGGAAGCACCCACGAUCAACACAAUGGCGUCCCACGGCUUCACGUGUGUUGGCUUUUCGCCCAAACUGAACUGGAAGACCGUCGAAUUCCUGCUCCCCAUGCCCGUGUACCGAAUAUGCAGCGUCUGCGGCGUUGUGCCGGACAUGAUCUUCAGCCUCGAAUGCGCCCACGUCUUCUGCCCGACGUGUAUGAACGAGAUCAUGGUCAAUUCGCCGGCGACCGUUUGCCCCCUCGACAAGCUCGCCUUCGAAGACGCCCGCGUCAGCCGAGACUCGUCGUCUGCCGAAUACGUCGUUUCUUGUAAGUCCUACUGCCUGAACAAGGCGACCGGCUGCAACUACGUUGGCCCCGUUUCGGAGAUGAUCGAGCACUACGACUCCGAGUGCAGCUUCCACAAGGUCCGCUGUCGCGUCUGUAAGAGGUCCACGACGCGCGCCAACGUCCUGACGCACGUUCGCGACGGUUGCAGCGCCGACACCGUGCUCGCCGAGACGGCGACGACUCCAACGGGCGCGUCGGCCGCUACCGCCGGCGGCUCAGACGCUGACAAUAACGCCAACCUGACGAUCAUCUUGUCCAAGAUCGACAACCUCGAGCAAGUCAUCCUCGCUCGGACCCGCGAUCUGCAGCAUAUCCUGGUUGACAGGUCGCAUGCUGCCGCCACCGACGGUAGUCAGGGUACUGUCGUCCAGUCUGAGCAGCCCGAAGUCUCUAGUACGGCUCUGGAGGCGCCGCCGCCACUCCUGAACGGGCGCGCCUCAGGAGACAGCCUGAGCUCAGAUACUCCGUCUGAGACAAGCCAGCGUGACGGCGCAGAUUCGCAGUCGUUUGCUAACCAGGUGCAGCAGCAGCAGGAGCAGCAAGAAGAAGCCAGUUCCGAAGCCAGUCCUGCAGCCGAGCUGAACCCCGAGCCGCUGACCACCUUCAACUGGGCCGUAAAGCAGUUCCGUAAGCUCCGGCACACUCCGGCCAAGAUCUUUAGCAGCGAUAAUUUCUACGUCGGUGAGAACGGUUACAAAAUGAGGCUCGAGGGCAAGUUCCACAUGGUCAGCGGCACGAGCUUGACACUGGGACUCUACCUUCGUCUGCUGAGGGGCAAGAACGACGCUCGCCUUGAGUGGCCGUUCAACAAGAAGUGCACGUUUGUCCUGGUGCACUCGAAGCACAGGCACCGUGACCUGACGUUCACGGUCGGCGAGAGUCUGGACGAAGAGGAGAGGCAGAACGCGACCAACGCCGGGCUCAGUCGUCCGCGGACGGAAGAGAAUCCAGCGGUGGGCAUUGACAGCUGCAUCCUGGCGUCGCAGAUGCUUCAGGGCGGAUUCGUGAAGGACAGCAUCUUCAGGGUGCGCUUUGUUGUGAGCUAAGCGGUUUGUCGCGUUACUUGAAAUGAGAUUCGCAGGAAACAUCUCUUGAGACGGCCGUUGAUGAUUUACCACACUUCGUUUCGGCGUAACUUUGUUAAAGGCGAAAGCUACAUACCUUGUGAGCCAGUUGAAGCAACAGAGCGAAGCACAUGAAAACUAUUGUAAUGGUUGCUCUGAUGGUACGCUGUCACGUGCCCUGCUCCAACACUCGGAUUGGCCCUCUAGGGCUGUAGCUUUUGCUGUUAUGCUGAAACAGAAUGUAGACGACCAGCUUCUUUAGGAUAUUUUGACGACUGCAGAUUUUAGCAGAACAGCAACUGAUGCUUGGCCGGCUUAACUGUGGGGUUUCUUUUUGGAGUUUAAUUUUCAGCCUUUCCCCAUUCUUUCUGGCUAGGUUGUUAUGGCAGGGCACAAAUGACUCGAUAAAAAAUAUGCGAACUGGGCUGUCGUGCAAAUUAGCACAGUCUAGGGGUAGUCGGUGUGACAAAGCAAAUUUUGAGUGCAUCUAUACGGUGUUUUGAAUUGCAAGGCUUGUUGAAAAAUGACCCGGAAAAUUUGUUCAGUCAACAUAGUGAGCUCUCAUUUUUCAAAGUGUAUAUUAGUGGUGGGUUUCACCUUGGGGAAUCACGUUUGCGUAGCUUCUUUUCUGCGAAAAAUUGGAAUAUUGCCACCCUUGAAGGGGAUCACUGAACCUGACCAUCAUCAUCGCUCGCAUUAAUGUUUUUGAGGAUGUUCUCGUUUGUCUCAGGAACGGAGCUAUGCCUUAAAAUUUUGCGUGGUAAAACCCGGUACUUAAAUACACUUUUCACGAAAAUUUUAGGUGCCUGUCUUGACAGCAAUCCUUGGUAUCAGAAAUGCCUGUUGGGUUUGUGUUUUCUUCUUCAGAUUCAGACUGAUUAUAAUCUACCAUUGAUUAGAAAUGACAAGACAUAGUUUUUAGCUAUUCUAUUCUCGGCUGAAGUAGUUGAAAAGGACGUCUGGACAGGUGAUAUUUAGCUACACUUGAAGAAGCAUGGAGGGGAUGCCAUGGUCGAGUUAAGGAGUCAAGAUGGGCGACCGAGAUGUCCCGUUGUUUUUUUUACAUCUGAGUGACUGAAAUCUAAACCGUCUUGUUCGACGUCUUUUCGAACUUGCGCCACUUGUGUGAACGAGACUUUGCAGUAUUUUUGGUGUUUUGGUGCCGCAUUUUUUUGUUCUUUGCUAGGUUAGACAAACUCUCACUUUAGACAUCUGGUUUUUCACAUUCUCGUUUAGUGUGGGACUUCCAAUAUUUGUUUUCUUUGCCUCAGUCUUGUCAAACUUUUUUUUAUUAUCCACAUGAACUGUUGUCAAUUUAUUGCUUCUAUGAUUAGCUUUGAAAUAUUAUGUCAUAGUUUGUCUUUCAAGGUACUCCAUGUCAGCUUUGUUUUAAGAGGAGUUCAUCAUUUGACAUUACCUAUUGAAUUGAGUCUGGUUAAAAUGGACCUCCUUUUUAAUAACUUUGGUACAAUAUGACACUGUGCUGAGUGAGUGUUGCUCAAAUUAAGAUUUCUUCAAUGAACUUGGGCAUUGUUAAAGGAAGGCUCAAGAUUUGUUAGCACCAGGCGUGCAUCAGGUCAACCACCUCCAACAGUAGACUCAUUGACAUUUGAAGGAAAAUAUUCCCGUUUUCAUUCAGGAAUAGUGCAUUUGUUAUGUUUGUAUUUUUUGGAACCUUUUCAGUCAUGUGAGCACGGGCCUUUAUAGUGGUGCUAAGACCACAUUUAUGAAGCUGGUGUCUGGUUAAAAGGGACUAUUCAGAUUUAUAGGCUUUCUUCAUGUAUGUGGCAGCUUGGAUUUUGGAGUACCACAUAGAAACAGGGGUGAGCUCUGCAUGUGUUCGGCUAAGAGAUGGCAUUUAUUCUUUUGUGGCAGUCCCAGAACAUCACCUGAAGGCUGUCAACAAUGUCUCUUGUCUUGAAUGGCUGAAUGACAGGUGUAUUUUGUGUAUGAUGUCUGCCAUAGUAGGUGUAUGCAGUAGAUGCUCUUCCACUUCAGGGUGAGCUUUCUGCUUUUAAUAACAUUGUUGCACAUGCAGCGAGAAUCUGACGGAAAGCAAUGAGCAUGUGCUGGAGCCGGAGCUUUCACUGCAUUCUUAACCUGCCACUGACUGUAGACUUGAUUGCGACGUGUUGAGAUUGUGCGCACGUGCACAGGUAAUGUUGGUUUGUUUUCCAUGUAGUUUCGACGGAUUUCAGCUUCCGUAUUCGAAGCGUGGACUAUUUGGCAAGUUCGGCGAGGGAAACGUUCGAUUUGCAAGCUGACAAAUCGCUUAAUGAGCUCAAGACUGCUAGUGAACCUCGGCUACUCCAUUCAACCUGGGGUUAUGAUUAGUCACGAGUUCUUGUCAAGGUUUGAGUGCUGGCCUGACUCAGUUGCAGAUAUUUCUAGGGCGUUUCUCUUUUUCAUUUGCUAUAUAGUGUUUCCUGGACUAGAUUGCAGUGGCUCGAAGAAGAUAGUGUUUUGUUUUUUUUAGAUUUUGGUAGCCAAUGUUUUUUUUCUCUCUUGCUUAGGCACCUUGUUGCCUUAUCACAUUUAUUAUCAUUGUCGCACACAUUCAGGCAAAAAGUCUGUUUUGCAAACAAAGAGUCCUGUCUUCUGCUUCUCUGUUCCGGUUUUCUGCAAUGCAUCCAUGCAGCCCUUUGUGUUACAGUGCGUCAGUCUUCAAUAAAAGUGUUGUUUGAAGCUA